UCAUAACAUCAUUACAAAUACAACACUGGUUUUAAAUGAACACUUAAACAAUGGAAUGCCGCGAAAAAUAAUACAGUUUUAAACCAUGUGUACAAUGUAUUUACCAUUAACAUCAUUAAAAUAUUUAUUCAGUAAACAGGAGAUAGUUACUGGUGUAUACAAAUUGAUCAAGUGUGAACUACGAGUUAUUUCUAAAAGAUAUAAUGACAUAAAUGGCUAUAUUUUACUUCCGUGUUCUUAUUUUCCGUGAAAGAGACUUGGCCUACAUAACGCGCAUUGAUUUAUAAUAUGGCGGUGUCUAUAUUUUCAAAAUUUAAUAAGGAGCAUAAAAGUGACAAACAUACAACAGGAUCGUGCACAUUUAACGUAAAUGUUAGAAAGCAGAGCAAAUGUUCUGGCGGUGUAAUAUUUGUAUGCAUACCCUUGCAGGCAAUGUUGAUAGCUUUAGUUGCUUUUGUUGGAUACUUUUCAUACCAAGACGCAUAUCAUAACAUACCGUUAUUGGCACAGGAAUACAUCACAGAAUUGUCAGUAUAUUGUGACGACAUCUCUCUAAGUCCAGACGAUAAUAUUGAAACAUUUAAUACAAAGAAAAAUAAUUUGAUUCUGUCUGUAAACAGUGAUGAUGGAAGGUACAUCUGCACAUACAAAAAUAAAGAUGCCAAGAAGGUGGUAAAUACAGUGGUAGAGCGGACAUUAAUGCAGACGUUAGCUAGAGGGUUAGCACAGCGACAAUAUCUUUCAUGUGGAAAUAACAGUUUAGCACCGACAUCUGGACACCUUACAUUCACGUUUUCUGGAGUUUCGCAGCAUCAGAAAUAUGAAGGGAAUGGAAAGGACUUAGCUCUUCACUGGGAUAAACAUCCAGAACAUUCAUAUAUUGUUCGAAACAUACAUUACCACAACGGUGAAAUAACCAUUCCAGAGGGACGAACAUACUACAUUUAUGCCUCCGUACACUUCAAUAUUUCACGAGGAGACGACAAAAUUGACAGACCAAGAAAGAUUACAUUGCGAAUUUGUCGAAUGGUUUAUGGAUAUGAACAAACGUUGCUAGGGAAAACGCAACUGUUUGACGUUAGUCACGGUGAUGUUGUUUCGAGUCUGGACGUUGGAAGUUAUUUGCAGAUGUCUAGAAAUGAUACGAUCUAUGUUAAAGUUUCCGAUGCAUUUUCGAUCAUCCGCGGCUCGCGAGGUAAUACCUUUGGUAUGUUUCCACUAUCAGCCUGAUGAGCCUUAGGCGAAACUACUGACUCAAAAGUGCCAAUUCAGCAGAAACGACGACUGGUAUAUACUAACUUAAUUUAGCUCUUGAAAUAUAUUCAAAUCACUCCCGAGUCCAUUUCCUUGAAACAAUCGGUACUGGUGUCAUUUGAAGAAUGGUAGUGAUCCCAGAUGGACCCUUACACACGACCCCGCGUUGAAAGACCGCUACCUAGGUCGCCGCUUCCCUUGAAUUGACGCGUGAGUCAGUAGUCGCUGAUCAAUAUCUUUGAAGAAAAAAAAAACCUUUUCGUUUGAACCGACAAUAAUCCCUUUCGUAUUAAUUUCAAAGAUAUGACAAAUAUUCCAUAAUUGCUACUAUUUGGAAAAUUCUUAAUGUUAUCAAACUGGUUAAUAUAUUUGUUUAAAUAAUGACUUCUCUGAAUUUAACUAUACCAAAUAAAAACUUCACAAGUGAUCCAUUUGUACUACGGCUGAUUCUAGACGCCAUAAGGCGUGUACAUUGUACACUAAAAUUGCUUACUUUUCGAGUCAUUGACAUGUUCAGAAUGCAUGAUAAGGAUCGUAUCACGUCACUGACGAAAUUUACGUUUCAAACUGACAUUGUAAUCACAAGAUUUUAGCUUUAACCUCCGACGAUGCCACUAUAGUUUUCACGGUUGACUGCUGAAAGAAGUAACUUCACAUCAUGAUAAUUUCAUUUAAAUUUGUAUGUAAUUUUGAUGUUAGCUGUAGAUAUUGUAUUUGCUUUAAUUGUUCGACUCUGUUUAUGAAAUACUUCUUUGUCGUCAGGUGUGAACGUUGAAGUUCUAUGUACUGAAAAGGAUACAGCCCUAGAAAAUAAGUUUUACUAAUGUAUUUUUAUUGAAUUAAAACUACAUUCUUUAGAGGAAGAAUGAAGGGUAACAUAUGUACAUGUGACAGGGACAGGACCAAAAUGAAUAAAUUGAUGAGUAAUUAUUGUAUUACACCCUUCCAAAAACUUGUGAUGGAACUGUAUAACCUUUUUUCCCCCCUUUUUUUAAAUGUAGCACAUAUGUUACCUCAGUAGCCCGUCUUAUUUUCAUGGGUUCAAAUCCAGCCCAUCAUAACUGAUUUUGUUUUACUGUUUCCACUUUUGGUUUCUUUUCACAUUGAAACAUUAUUUUAUUGGUUUGUUGCACAACUUUGUAUUUUUAACAUAAAAAUGAACGAAUGAAUUAAAAUAAUGAACUUUUUUUCUCAAUAAAAAUACAACAGGUCUGAGAAAUAACCUGUGCCAUUUUUUCAUGUUUAAUGCAAGUAAUGUGUGAAUUUCAUGUCAUUCAAAGCCGAAAGUUUUUUUCUAGUAAUGUUUCACACAUCCUACGUUUGGUUUAGGGGAGACUACGUUCAAGGACUUACUGGACCUUGUGCUUGCAUUUUGAAUUUAAUGCAAUAAAAUGAAUUGAAUUGAAUUGAAUUAAUCUCGUUUUUUUAUCGUAAAUAACAAGAUGAAUAGAGAUUUUGACGAUUGCAACGGUAAUCGUCAAAUGUAUAACAUCAAUAUAACAUCAGUCGUAGUCUUGAUAUGAAAAUGGUUCGUGAUUUAAUGAAUUUAAUUGUAUUUGUGUUAAUAAGGCUUAUACAUUAAUGGUACCAAUUAUACAUUUAUGUUCUGAAUAAUACAUUUUUAUGCAUAGAAAUGUUUCUUUCUCAAUAUUCUAACAAGUUUGGAAUAUUCUCUAACAUGUAUUUUCUGGCUCUUUUUGUAAAUAAAGAAACAUAAAAAAUG